AUGUCAGAAGUGUUCAAACAUGAAGCACAAUGUCAAAAUAAAUUCAAUCACUUCACAGAAAUAAGCAUCGUUCAUAUAUAUUUGCUUCAUAUAAUAGGUUUGAGUUUUCUUUUUAAACGGAUCCAUUCCCUCAUUCCAAAGUCUGCUGCACGAUUUCACGAUUUGAUAAAAGUGCAAUCUCACACGUUGAAAGUGUGGUUGAUAUCAGCUGCUCUUGAGUUUAUUAAAUUCUCCAUCAAGACGUUAAGUAAAAUAAAUGCCUCAUUAAUGUUGCAUUUUGAAGAUUUAUCGGUAAUCAAUUUUAUUCAAGUCAAACAUAACUCUAGGAGUGUUAAUCAGUGA